GGCUCGAAGAACACCAUGAUAGAUGCCACUCGUAUUAUCGAUUAAAUGCAAAUGAAAUUAGUCGGGCGUCCGUAACAACCACCUGGCCGACAGACAUUUUCUGAUAGCAUGCACUUACAAUCAAUAUCCAUUUACGUCUCUGGCACAAAAACUGCACCAGCCGGCGGCCGACUGUCUGACCGACCCGGCCGAGCACCAGGCCAGCUCGUCUGACCUCUGUGACCUCCCGUGUGACCUCGUUGACCUCUGGGCCGCGGCGGCCGCGGCGGGCGCGGCGGCCCCGCCCCUACACGCAGCCUGGACUGUGUUCCUGUCGAGCCCGCAGGCCUCGGCUGAACGGACGGCCACGCUUAUUUUCCUAGCGCCGAAUAAAUAUUUGAAACGACCCGCAGGACCGUCGAUGUAUUUCACCAAGGAAUGGAAAAUAAACAGGCGUGCAAUCGAUUCGAUAAUUACACACUGCCAAAAAAAGGCAGCCCCUGGCGGCGCGGCCAAGAGGUCAGUGGGGGGGCCAUCUGUUGUCAGCGGGGGCCCAGAGGACGGUCUGGUGUUCCGAUUAGCCCAGGAAUGUAACGAGGUCGAUACUGUUCGUCGCACUGUUGUCUGGGACGAAUAAAUGACUGACCGACGCGCGCGGUGCCGCCGUUGUGGACGGCGCCCAGGGCGUGGCCGCUGGCUGCCGUCGCCUGUCGCGUCGCAUCGUUCCCGACGGCACCGGAAACGUCGAAUCACCGUCAGCCGGCGGCGGCGGACCGACCGCCUCAUGAAGCUUUAGCUAUGAUCGGAAUCCUGUCAGUUAAAUAACCGUCCGCGACCGCAGCGCCCCUGGCGGCGGCGACGGGAAGCCAUCAGCUGACGCUGCCGCCUCGCACCGACCGGCAGACGGCGAGCGGACGCCAGAGUGUGAGGUUCUCCGACUGUGGCUCCGCCGCCACUGCUGAGAGCUCCGUGUCGGCGGUGAUGAGAGUGGUGUUGUCGCGCGCCUGAAUGCACCCUGCUCCGGUGUGCAGUGUCGCCAUGGUACCCGAUCUGCAUGUUCCUCAGAUGUCACUGGCGUUCGGCGAGCCUUCAAUGUGCCAGCGAGGUGCGCCCGUUGAGCAGACAGUGCUGGAGCCGGCCAACGACUACUGGGCCCGUCUGCGUCCCGAGCCGACCUCUGCGGGUCCCCUGCAGACCAGCCUGUACCCGGGGAGCCGGCCGGCCGUGCGCGCCGCGCCGUGCCCGCCGUGCUCUGUGCCGUGCUCGGCGCCGCUGCGGUCCCACCGGGUCAGCAGCAGCUCGGACGUCAAGGACCUCAGCCAGCCGCUGUUCGUGGACACGACCGUCGAGUACGACCUGCCCAAGGCGGCCUACCCUCCGGACAACAGUGAGCCGCUGCUGAUGGUGCACCCGCAGUACUUUGAGCACCUGCGGCAUCGGCGCACCCUCGGCGCCGGCUGCGCGUGCCAGCUCUGCAACUUCUACGGCAGGAGGAUGCCGCACGGAGGGCAGGGCGAGGCCGCCGCUGCCGCCGCCGCCGCGGCGGUGCCGGCAGCUCCGGCGGUCUCAGUGGCACCCGCGGCGUCAGUGUCCUCCACGGCGAAUGUGCACCAAACCUUCCAGAAGCCGGAGGCGCCGCGGCACCACUGGCCGCGGCCGUUCCCUCAGCCGGUGCACCAGCACCAGCACCACCUCCUGCAGCAGCACCAGGCGGCGCAGCGUCAGCUGGCCGCCCAGCAGCAGCAGCAGCAGCAGCAGCAGGCGCAGCAGCAGGCGCAGCAGCAGCAGCAGCAGCAGCAGCAGCUGGCGCAGCAGCCGCGCUACAACUGUAUGGUGGAGCGGCAGCAGCGGCGGGAGGCGGCGCUGGGCUGCACGGCAGCGGCGUUCGUCACGCCGACAGUGAGCUGUGACUCGGACAGCGGCUACUCCAGUGUCGAGCUGGAGCCCAGUGAGUGGGCCGCCGCCGGCCGGCAGCCGCAGGUAGUCCGCAGUGAAGCCCAGGUGCGCGAUGUGCUGGCCAAGCGGAAGCGGCGGGUGGAGGCAGCGACGGCGGCCGAACACGCCGCCGCGACCGCCGCCAAACGACUCCGAGUCAGCUACUGGCCAGGCGGCGUCUCCUCGCUGGACAUGGCUCCCUACCUGCACCGACAGCCGGCCGUGAUGUAGCCCCGCCGGCUACCGUGGCCCUGCCGGUCGGCUCUGGCGGCAUUGACGAGUGGCUGUGUGGCGAUCGGCGCCUCUCUGCGAGAAGAGAACGCGGUGGACCGGCUCGGAGAACCCUGCGCCUUCUCAAGGAACACACUUCCAAGAACGUCAGGCAUUUCGAUCUGAAGACCACCACGCUAUCUCGUUGGCGGAAACUCAGGCUUUUAACCGUCGCGCGCGCUGCGUUGAGGAUCGGUGUUGUGCCUCGGUUGAGACUCGUGUGGGUUCUCAGCGGAGAAGGCCGACGGUUCUCGGCCGCGCCGCGAAUGGGCAUGCGUCGCAGGCCACCUGGCCGCGCGCUGGCGAAUACCUGUUUCUGUGAUUCCUCCCGUGUACGCGUCUCCAUGUGAUGCUAUUGUGGCUUUCAUAAUGUGAUGUCAAAGGACAGAGCCGAGUUAGCUUUAAUUGGUUUACCGUUGAUUUGGUGUUUCUGUUGAGUUACUUUUCCAGGGUGCGUUCGUCUGGCGCUCGCGGGUCGGCCGCCGGAUGGUUUAUUUUAAACCUUGUUAUCUGAUGGUGUAAUGAACGUAUAUCAUUGAGGUCGUGUUCGGAUAAAUAUAGACACGGUGUCAUUCAUCA